AUGGAAGCAUUUAAUAAAAUAAAUCAAGUAUUCUCUCGAAAAGUUUACGUGCCUAAAAAUAUUACAAUGAAGUGGCGAGUAAUUGAAAAGGAAGAGGAGCUAGGUACAAAAUGUCAACUACGCCUAGAGGAUUUAAAGUGCGAUUUCGUUUUAACAAGUGGGGGCUUAGAACAUAAAAACAAUGUAGUAAUUCCCGGUAAGAAGCUCAAAAAUAAUGAGAGUUGUAUUAAACCAGAAACCUCUGAAUUUGCAUUAGAAGUGUGCAUGGAAGUCGAAGAGGGUACCGGAGUGUCAAAAAUAAUUAACGAAGAAAAUAUAAUGGACAACAAUAGUGAGCAAGAAUUUACAACUGUUGUACCCACUUCUAAGAGUUUUGGUGUCACCCUUGAUGUUAAGACCAAAAAGAUAGGUAGAAAUAAGAAAAAAAAGGCAAAAAAAAAAGCUGUGGCAGUUACAAAAAAGUCGAUGAAAAAUGUUGAUCUGUUUAAGACUGAGAACAAAACGGUAUUAAAUGAUGACAAAGUCUGUGAUGAUAUUGGUUCCGAGCAAGGAACUCUUGAAAUGACUGCCACAGAAGUGGAGGAAAUACUUGAGACCCAGUGUAAAACGUUUGCUAGCAAUAAAACGACGAGUGAUGAUGUUGAAAAUGAACCUGCCAUGGAAAUUAUUACUGAUAUGAAAACUGAGCGACUUACGACAGAAGACCCAAUUAUUAUAGAAUUGGAU